GCCAAGCAUCGCGCUCGCAUCCCUCGUACGCCGUGGCCAUCACCCCACACGGAUGCGUCGUAGUACACUUUAGUCGUGCUGGCACUGCAAGGGUGGACGCCGCGGGGCCUGCACGACCUGCCAGACGCGGGUUUAAUUAAAAGUGAAUUCCGUGCGGGAUGACUUGAGAGAGAGAGAGCGGCGUCCCUUAUGUAAGUAAGUACAAUUUUCGCGCGCCCUCCUUUCGUCGCGUCACCGUACCGCGAACGCGAGAAAUAACGAAGUCGGAUAUGAAGAAUAACAUACGAGGAGAAGGUGUAACCUGUAUUUGAAGAACAAAACGGAAUGUGUCGAGAUUGAGCUUAGCUGGACUAUUUAACAAUACGCGUGCAGGCAAUAGACAUUAUCUAUUUGCAAAAUGAAUGAUUUCGGUUACGGAAAACAACGAGAAAGUAACGAUUGGCACGAUAAUGUACGAGAUAAACAAAAAGAAAUGGAGAAUCGAAGUAAGAAUCGAGAUACGGGAUCUGUGACUCUUAAACGAUUGGACAGCAUUCAGGAUCCAGGAAAGAGAUACGCAUUGAAGGAUCGCAUUGGUGUCGGCAUAUGCGGCGAUGUUUAUGAAGGAAUUGAUCAGCAGGCUGGAAAUAAAAAGAUUGCCAUUAAAAUCCAGAAGCUCACGCCGGAAACGCAGUCCCUAAUUGUGGAGGAGUAUCGUAUUCUUCGUGAUUUCGCCGGUCAUCCUAAUCUACCGGAUUUCUACGGAAUAUAUCGCAGACGAUCCGCGAAGAAGUCCGAAUACGACGAAAUAUGGUUCGUUAUGGAGCUUUGCGAAGGAGGAACAGUCAUGGAUUUCGUACGCGGGAUGAUUGCAAGUAAUAAAAGAAUACAAGAGGAACAUAUUGCCUUCAUUUUAAGAGAAGUAAUCAAGGCUUUGAUCCACUUGCAUGAGCACAACGUAAUCCACAGAGACAUUCGUGGUAGCAACAUCGUGCUGACGAAGGAAGGCGAAGUGAAACUGGUAGACUUUGGACUCUCCCGAAUGAUGAAGAACGAACUCGAAAAAAGACACACUUACAUAGGUUCGCCAUCCUGGAUGGCGCCGGAAGUAAUUGGUAAUAAAGACAGCGGAAUCAAUAGUGGAUAUGAUAAUCGCGUCGACGUAUGGGCAAUCGGCAUCACGGCGAUAGAAUUAGCUGAUGGCAAGGCACCAUUCGAGGAUAUGCAUCCGACCCGUGCGCUCUUCCAGAUCAUCCGAAAUCCACCGCCAACUCUGUAUCGACCUGCCAAUUGGUCGAAGAAUCUCAAUGACUUUAUUUCGGAAUGCCUUGAAAAAAAUCCUGAGAACAGGCCAUACAUAAUGGAGAUCAUCGAGCACCCCUUUCUAUCAGAAUUGCCUGAAAAUGAUUAUCCUUUGACGCAAGAAAUCAAAGCGCUAACAAUGGAUCUCUCGGAGAAAGGCAGAAAACAAAGAAAAGCGGAAUCGAUAGUUCGUAAAGGUUUUUUAAAGACUCAUCAAAAUGAACCACCGGAACAAAUGCUCACAGAGGAUUUGGCAGCAUUAGAUAUUCUGACCGAGGACAUAAUCUUGAAUGAACUUCACGAGAGACUGCGACGAGGUGAAUAUCACACAUUCGUCGGCGACGUUUUGCUAAUACUUAAUCCGAACGAAGAGCAUGAUAUUUAUGGUAUUCACCACCACGCAAAAUAUCAAUGCAAAUCGCGAUCGGAUAAUGCUCCUCAUAUCUAUUCUGUGGCGGAUAGCGCAUUUCAAGAUGUUAUGCUUAACGAGGAAUCGCAGCACAUUUUGUUAACCGGUGAGAGUAACUCUGGGAAAACGACAAACAUGUUACAUUUAGUGGAGCAUCUUAUGUUCCUCGGAAAAGGUUUGCACGAUACUGGAGCGAGAGUACUACGAGCUCUAAAAAUUAUCCAUGCCUUUACUAGUGCAGCGACACCGCUAAAUUCUAAUUCCACCAGAUGCAUUUUACAAACACAGACGACUUUUGGAUCAACGGGUAAAGCAUCCGGUGCGAUAUUCUGGUUAUAUCAAUUGGAAAAAUGGCGUGUUUCGACUCGCGAUAGAAAUCAAUCAAACUUCCAUGUUUUUUAUUACUUCUACGACGGUCUCGAAGCAUCAGAAAAUUUAAAACAGUAUUUCUUACCAAGUGGAAGAAAACUUCGAUAUCUUCGAAUAAUUGAUAAGGGCACUGAAAAGAAACGCGCGUUCAAAGUGAGAAACGAUCCGCAGAACAACGCGGUUAAACUCGAGGAACUUAAAGAAAGUUUUAAAUUUAUGGAUAUGGAGGAGCACUGCGAAACUAUUUGGAAAAUUCUCGCGGCCAUUCUCAUACUUGGAGAGAUUCGAUUUACUGAGGGUAACAAUGGAGAAGCUGACUUGGACAACAAUGAAAUUGCUAAUAGAGUGGCAAAGCUUCUUGGCUUAGACUCAAAAAAAUUUAUUUGGGCUCUCGUUAAUUAUUGUUUAAUUGUGAAAGGAUCGGCGAUACGUAAGAAGCAUACUUGCGAAGAAGCGAGAGAGGCACGAGAUGUCUUGGCGAAUAUUCUUUAUCAGCGUUUAGUAGAUUGGAUAAUCAAUAUUAUCAACUAUAAACUUUCAAUGACUCGCAGUCUUUAUGGUGACAAGCAUUCUAUCAGCAUUCUUGAUCACUUUGGAUUUGAGUGUUUCUCAAUAAAUAAAUUAGAACAACUAUUAGUGAAUACAGUAAACGAGCAAAUGCAAUAUUAUUAUAAUCAAAGAGUAUUUGCCUGGGAAAUGCAAGAACAAGAAGAGGAAGAUAUACCCAUACGACGAUUUCACUUUUACGAUAAUAAGGAAGCGAUUGAUCAACUAAUGAACAAAGAAGAUGGCCUCUUUCGCAUCAUCGACGAUGCUUCGCGGCAACUGCAGGACGCUCAGUACAUUCUCGAAAGGAUUAAAGAACAUAAACGUGGCAUUUACUUGAAACCGGUGAGUUCGCAUGAAUUCACCGUCGCACAUUAUACCGGCAGACUGAUAUACGACGCCAGUGAAAUCGCCAUAAAAAAUCGAGACUUUGUGCCGCCGGAGAUGAUCGGUACGAUGAGAUUCUCGUCACACGACGCAGUGAAGCAAAUGUUCACCAACAAACUGACCAAGGCGGGGAGCCUGACAAUUGUUCUCGACAAUUGUCUCGCGGCGAAGAAAACGUCGAAAACGAAAUGGAGUGCUCUCAUGCAGGAAUCAUCCAAAUUUCGAAAAUACAACAGCGCGUCCAGAGGUCAAUACUCGCAGACACGCAAGAUGCGGACGUGUGCGUCGACAUUCAGAGCGGCCAGUCUCGAAAUUCUGAAAAAUCUCGCGGUAGGCGCGGGAAACGGCGGCACACAUUUCGUCAGAUGCAUACGCUCCGAUCUCGAGAAUGCUCCUCGCAGCUUUUAUCGAGAAGUUGUCAAACAACAAAUCAGAGCGCUAGCAGUUCUCGAUACAGCAAAAGCCAGGCAACGCGGUUAUCCAUACAGAAUACCCUUUCAAGAAUUUCUUCGGAGAUAUAAGUUUCUAGCCUUCGAUUUUGACGAAACGGUAGAGAUGACAAAAGAUAACUGCAGACUACUUCUAAUCAGAUUAAAAAUGGAAGGCUGGAUUAUCGGCAAAACCAAGGUUUUCUUGAAGUACUAUAAUGAGGAAUAUCUGUCGCGCUUAUACGAGACUCAAGUGAGAAAAAUUAUAAAGGUGCAAUGCAUGAUGCGUGCCUUUUUAGCGCGAAAAAAUAUCGCUUCGAAGAUUAAGGAUAUUAAAAAGGAUAUUGUGAAGAAGGCGUCUAUCAAAAAGGAUUCAUUUACUGAAGAACAGGCGGCAUUGAUAAUACAAAAAACGUACAGAGGACAUAUAGUAAGAAAAGAAAUGGGGCUCAAGGGAGAGAUGAGUGAAGAAACAAAGGAUUUUAUCAAAUUCUACUGCAGCAGAUGGAGAUCGAAAAGCAUGUUCCAAGUCCUCCUACGGUACCGUGCAGCUCGGUAUCAAGAUUUCGUGCAAUUAUCGCAACAGGUUCAUCUAUACAAUCAAUCAAUAGUGGGAGUUUUGAAGAAAUUAAAUAAAAAUAUGUCUCUUGAAAAAGUAGAUCCAAAUGCCAACAUAGAUGCCUAUAUAAGUGAGGUGAGACCACCUCAAGUUUACAAACUGCCUUUCAAUAUGCAACAAGAACUUUCGUAUUUUGAUACAAAUUACAUGAACGAUCCUUCGAAUGCAAAUAUUAAACGUGCAGGAUCCGUAUCUUCUACGUUAAGUGAUGAUGAGCAUGAGUCUUGGGAUGCACCGUUACGUAGACAAACCGUGCCCUGGGCCAACAAAAAUAUUCAUACCAGAGAUAUUGAAGUUCAAACUACAAACUCGCCACACCAUGUACUUCAUCGUUCGUCCAUCACUGGGGAACAAAGUUUGAUCAACAUUCCGUUCACCAGGGAUUCAAAUGUUCCAAUUCAAUAUCCAUCUGAAGAAUCAUCUCGUCAUCAUAGCAUUUCUGGCUUUCAAUCUACGAAUAAAUGUGAUUCAACACAAUCUUCUAUAUCUUAUACUCUUUAUUCUGUAAGAAAUUACACAUAUUAUAUAACAAAAUCUUUAAAAGAUAUUGUUUCUUUAUUAUAUCUUCAAAAGGCAAUGCUACGGAAAACACCUCAUCAGCGUGCUUCGAUGAAACGUAAUCCCAUAUACGAGAGCGUCACACCGUCAGAAUCAAUGUCAAAAUCUUAUAGCGAUUUAUAUGACUCAAAUGUUGCUUACAAAAGUGACGAUAGUCGCAAAGAUUCGCCAGAAUGGAAUCCAAACGAGAUGAUCGUCAUGUCAGAAAAAUAUGCAAACGAGAACGCAUGGAAUGAAGAAGGUGGCAAAGAUGAUGAUAAUAGUGUUACUACAGAGAUAGCACCAGGCAUCAUUGUUAAAGGUUAUAUAGCUGAGUUAUAAAGAAAAAAAGACCAGUUACAUCACAAUCAAUUAUAAUUGCAUUUAUGUUUGUAAUGUUUGUUAUGUUUGUUAUGUAAUCAAACUAUAUGUCUGUAUUUGUGUCACAGUAACAGCUAUAAUCUGGAAAAGAAAAAAUUAAUUAAAGAUAAAGUGAAGAUAUAGUGAAGAUUAUCAAUGCGAUUAAUUUUUCGUGCAAUUUAAAAUUACAUUAUAUCAAAAUAUUUUAAAUUUUUAAUUGAGAAAAUGUGACUCUGUAUAACGAUAUUUAUAACGAAUAACGCAAUAAAGUCAUUGUGACAGCAU